AUGUUUGUGUUCCCCCCUAACUUAGGCAAGGAUACUGUGCCUCGCAAAUGCAUUACCUACGAUGUAUUUGCUUACACUGUUAUACUUUUAUUGCGUCUUGUUUACCUGGCAUUAACGCUAAGUGAUCCAUUUUGUGAAUAUACGCUUGAUAAAAAUCUCUUCGUUGUGCUCUGCGGUGUUACGGCGGAAGAGCAGAUGUUCCUGGUGACUCCCAAGAGCGUUCAGGUGAAAGCAGGUGACGACGUGUUCUUCAGGUGCGUCGUUCGGAACCAGCAGGGAAAUGCUCAGUGGACGAAAGACGGAUUUGCCCUCGGCUUCAGUCGCACAGUCCCCGGCUACCCCCGCUACCGCUACGCCGGUGACAGCGUCAAGGGCGAGCAUCACCUGAUCAUCAAGGGCGUGACACUCCAGGACGACGGCGAGUACCAGUGUCAAGUGGGACCCACGGCCAACGCCUCCGCGAUCUGGGCCGCUGCCAACCUCACUGUGAUGGUGGCGCCUCGAAGCAUCAGCCUGGGCGAGAGGCAAGACGGAGCCGUCGAGGAGGUGAAGGAGGGGGAGCGAAUCACCCUCGAGUGUUACGUGCGCGACGCCCGUCCGGCCCCCAGCGUCGCCUGGUACAGAAGCGGCCUCAAGUUAGACUCCAGUCUGCACGAGGAGGAGGUGAGAGCGUCUUCACAGCGUCGCAGGUGGAGCGUGAGGAGCCGCCUCAGCCUCCGGCCGGGACCCGAGGACGACACACAACAAUACUCGUGCCGGGCGCUCCACCCCGCCCUCGAGGACUCGCCCACGACGCUUGUGGCUUCCGUCGUCCUCAGCGUCCUGCACGCCCCUUCGGCCCCAACGAUCCGCGGCUACAAAACGGGCGAGGUCUUGGUGGCGGGGGACGAGCGGACCCUCACGUGCGAGGUCGUGGGGGGGAACCCGCGGCCGAGGGUGGCGUGGUACAGGCACGGGCGCCCACUCAACACGGCGCACAAACCCACCAAGAGGAGGGUUUCCGGGCCUGAGCUUCGGAAAGAGAGAGUCGUCACGGUGAACCAGGAUGUGACGGCGACGCGGCUGGAGGACGGCGCUGUGUACGAGUGCCGAGUCACGACAACUAUCCUGCCGGACCCGAUCUCAGCCACAGUUACCCUCACCGUUCACUCGACGAUCACGCUAAAAGCAAAUACUGCUUUCAAAGGCACUUUACACAAUGCAUCGGCCUGUAAUCUACGACCCUGGCACUUAAUUUUCCUCCCAACAGACUCUCCGACCCACGUGAACCUCUCAGGGCCUGAGGUGGUCCGUCCAGGGCAGCAUUUCUCCCUCACAUGCACCACGUCGCCCGCUAAUCCGCCCGCGGUCAUUGCAUGGAUGAUACAAGGUGCGAAACUCUACGGGGGACGACUACAUUUUCAGGAUUCAGACAACUGCAGUGCCUUAUGUUACAAUGGAAGCGGAGGAGGGCGGCUGGGUCACGACCUCGGAGCUGACCCCACAUCACCUAAGGUUACACAAAGUCACGGAAAUCAGCGUGUCGUCUUGGAAAUUACCCGGACGUGGCUCUGUAUUUUCGUCACUAACAUUCCCUCCGUCAGCGCCACGCUUUCGCUGACUUGCCUUCCAGCUUUCCUCUUCAUCUCUCCGCCCUUCUUUGCACUCAAAAGCAUCCGCACAUUCACACGCCCACUUCGCCCUCCUCCUUCUGUUCCUCCGCCAGAGCGUCCCGGACGGCCCGAGCUGAAGAUUGAGCGGAUUGAAUCAACGCAGGCGGCGGGCGAGGGCGUGGCGGCGGGCGUGGCGGCGGGCGUGGAGGUGGGCGUCCCCGGGCGUUGGGUGGCCGGCGAGGCGCUGAGGUUCGCGUGCAGCAGCGAGGGAGGGAACCCGCCGCCGGUGAUCACGUGGGUAGUUAUUGAUCCGGACUUUGUUCGGUUAUUCGGAUUCAGAGUCAGGAUGUACUUAGGGAAGAAGGAGCUGGAGCUGACACUGAGCCGCGAGGACUCGGUCAGCAGCGCCUGGGCGGAGGAGGUCGUCAUGCCCAGCGACAACAAGAAGCAGGUCACGUGCAAGGUCACCAGCCCCGGCCUCUCCGCGCCCCUCACCGCCCACGCCGUUCUCGACUUGCUGUCAUAUACCAACUACACAGGGUCUCCUAUCCCCCCCCUCGACAUCACGGGGUGGGCGACCCCCUCGAGCGCCGAGCCAGGCCAGGAUAUGACCCUCACUUGCGAGUCCUCCUCCAGCCUUCCGCCUUCCACCAUCGCCUGGCACUCGCAAGGGCAGAGGCAGGAGGGCGCAAUUGUUAGUCACUCUCCAGGUGCAUUCGGAGGCACCGUGAGCAGGUCAGAGCUGGUCGUUCAGACGGACGGGUUCGACCACGGAAGGACGUUCACCUGCGAAGCCACGAACGGACUGGGGGUGACUGUGUCCACGAACAUCACAGUUAACCUUUUACGUGAGUGUCCUAAUGCAUUAUUCUACAAAGGAAGUUUGUCUUGUUCGGAAUUACUACAGGCCAGCGACGCCACACGGCCAAGAUCCCCACCACUAAACCACGGAUCGGAAAGCUACAUGUCUGGGAGCGGUCUGAACAACGUGACAUCAGCUGCAGUUAUAAUUCCUUUAGUUAUGUUUCGGGAAUUCAUGCUCUAG